UGACAACAACAAUGGGAGGGAAAUCUUACGUCAUCAGCUUGUUUGACACUGCAGGACAGGAAGAGUACAUCCAUCUACGAGCACUGUCAUACGUCAACAGCGACGUGUUUCUACUCUGUUUCUCCGUGGCCAUGCCAGAAUCUCUGCGUGAUGCCCAAGACAAGUGGAUAGCUGAAAUUCGACACUAUUCCCCCAACACGCCCAUAAUUCUGGUCGGCACACAAAUAGAUCUCAGAGACGAACCACCACCACCACCACCUCCUCAAAAACCGCGAUCGGGCUCUAGGCGGGAGUCCUACAAGACCACUAAAGCUCCAGUUUUCAUCAGCACAAAAGAAGGAGCAUACGUGGCAACAAAGCUGAACCUGGACAGUUAUGUUGAAUGCUCUUCAGUAACAGAAGCUGGAAUUACAAGACUCAGGGAAGCUGCAAUUGAAAGCGGGCUGAGAAAAGUCGACCCGGAUGAUAAUGGAUGUCAUUGCGCUUGUUCUGUUGUUUAG